AUGGCGGGCCAGCGACAAAUAACAACGCUCGACACCAGGACUGAACUGGCAGAACUUGUACGGAGAAGGACCGAAAUUGCGGAAACCUUGGCUAACUUGGAAAGGCAAAUUUAUGCAUUUGAAGGCAGUUACUUGGAGGACACCCAGCUUUACGGAAACAUUAUCAAAGGAUGGGAUCGCUAUUUAACAAAUAACAAAAAUACAAACAGCAAAGCAGAUAAAAGAAAUCGAAAAUUUAAAGAAGCUGAUCGGUUGUUCUCAAAGUCUUCAGUUACAUCUGCUGUGGCCGUAAGUGGAAUAGCAGAUAACACAGAAAAAAGAGAAGCUGCUAGUCCAAUGACAGAGACAAGCCAACCAAGUCAGCCUGAGGCAAACAAUGAUUCCUCCACUUCAAAUGGUCAAAAUCACUCAGGGAAAGUUACAAAAAAUGCCAUCAGACAUAAAAAAGGAAAAGCGAAAUCCAGACACAAAGCACUGAUUGAUAGCCUGAUAACUGAUCAAAUCAAAAUGGCCGUGUAG